ACGGGGAGGGUUUUCUUCAGGCAUCGCGGCGGCCGCCUCAGCGGGAUGGUACGCGGCGCCUGGCGGGAGGGCGGCCGGUGUGGGGAAGGCCCCGCGGGGUGACGUCAGAGAGGCGCGACAGCGAGGCGGAAGCGGCGGCUGCUUCUCCCACCGUGGCACUCAGGACUUUGAGGCACCCACACGUUUGAGUGCUGGUAAACCCCGUCUCCCAUUGCCUCAUCUUUCAACCUCCUCAUUUGAGAGGCAAUGCCCAAAGUGAAGAGAAGCAGGAAGCCUCCCCCGGAUGGCUGGGAACUGAUUGAGCCGACGCUGGAUGAGCUGGAUCAGAAGAUGAGAGAAGCGGAGACUGAGCCUCAUGAAGGGAAGAGGAAAGUGGAAUCCCUUUGGCCUAUCUUCAGAAUUCAUCACCAGAAAACACGUUACAUUUUUGAUCUCUUCUAUAAAAGAAAAGCUAUCAGCAGAGAGCUCUACGAAUAUUGCAUCAAGGAAGGAUAUGCUGACAAAAACCUGAUUGCAAAGUGGAAGAAACAGGGUUAUGAGAACCUUUGCUGUCUGCGGUGUAUCCAGACGCGAGAUACCAACUUUGGAACCAACUGCAUCUGUAGGGUCCCAAAAAGCAAGUUGGAAGUGGGGAGAAUCAUUGAAUGCACUCACUGCGGAUGCAGAGGCUGUUCCGGGUGAAGGACACAGGACUCCUUUUUCAGCUUUGAGAGGUAUCGUCCUACACUGUGGACUAUUCGUGCAGUUAGAACUACCUUCUAUGUGAUUGGAUCUUUCGUAUUCACCUGGAUCAUAUACAUAUGUAUACAAUGGCUAUUGUUUUGGAGUAGCUUUCUGUGUAGGUCUUUGAUUUUAAAAUAAACUCUGCCUUCCUGAGA